AUGAAAGGACUACGAACUGGUUCUUUUGCUCGCACUAAGGUAUGUUACAAGCUCCAGCAGAAUAAGAGUUCUUCUUUGACUCUUGGUGGCUUCAGACUGAGGCUCAGACCCUAUGCACACAUCUUUAGAAGCUAUUCUUCCUCCCUUCAAUCUAAGCAGCCUCAGAAUACACCAAUCCCAUCAACAGACUCGAGAAAGACCAGUUCAGAAUUGUUCGAUCUCUGGUCGCCUCUUCUAUUGAAGUCCCUUGAUAGUCUAUUGAUUGAUGAUUUGCUUUCGAUUAGGAAAUCAAACUCAAUUAUUAUUAGUGAUAUAAAUGGAUUUUUAGCUAAAUUGAAUCAAAAUUUGAAACUUUUGAAACAAAUCGAAAAUUUGGACAUAACUAGCAAUUCCAUCGAUGGGAAGCAUAAUCUUUUAAUCAUUUAUGAGAAAUUAUUUUUCAUUCUACGAUUAAUAUCCUCUAUUUAUUCAUCAAUUGACAGCUCCACUAAAAGUCAAAUUCAAAAUAACUCUCAAAGCACAAAUUAUAAUCUCAUCAAUUUGAUUGUUUUAAAUUACGCAGAAAAAUCCAUAAAUUUUUACUUAAAGCAUCAUUCAUUAGAUAAGGAUAACCACAAUCAAUAUUUAACCUCGUUGCAUUCGAUAUUAUCAAUUUCAACAGAUUUGAUUUCAAACUCAAAUUCAUUUAUAAAUGUUUCUAUUUUGCAAAACCAUUUAAAUACUAUAAUAGAAAAUUUAGCCUCAAUGCAAAAUGUUUCCAAUAAUUUCGAUUUUCUUGUUUUGAAUUUUGAAAAAUUAAGGAUUUCUUUAUUAUGUGAUUAUUAUAAAAAUUUAAACCAAUACAAUUUAUUAAUUAACCAUUUCUGGCAUUCAUAUAAUUAUUUAAACUCAAACUAUUCUAAUUUGUUAAGCAAUGACACUUUUUACAUUUUAAAUUCAAUAUUGAAAUUAAAUCAAAUUAUUGACUAUUCAUUGAUUAAAAAUGACUCUCUGACUGUUUUACAGCUUUUAAAUUUAUUACAUUCAAAAAAUUCAUUAAACGAUUACUCUUCAAUGCACCAAUAUUCAUUAAUCAAAAUCUUAAAUUAUUCUUUAAUUUAUGAUUAUUAUCAAAUUUUGAAAUUUCUUAUUAUUCACGAUUUCAAAUUAAUUCAAUCUCAAAAUAAAGAAAUUUUAACAAAAAUGUUAUUAUUAUUGGCUAAAAAUAACGAUUCAAUUUUACUUCAAAAGAUCUCUGAAUUAAUUCCAAAGGAAAAACUGAAAAAAAAUUUAAAAGAUUUGAAUUUUUCAAAAUUUUAUAACAUUUCCUAUUAUUUACAAGCGAAUUUAUCCUUUUCUUCAUUUAUUGAUCCAAAUUUUUUUAUUACCAAUUCAUUUAUAACUAACGAAAAUAAAACUUCAGUUUUUACAAUUGAAGAUUUUAACCCAACUGAUAGUAUGCAUUUUAAAUCAUUGAUUUAUGAUAAUAUUUUAAAUUUAAAACAAAAUUUUCAAAAAAUUGAUGAAUUAAUUCAAAGUGGUCAAACUAUAAAUUCUAAUGAUAUUGAAUUUCUAAAUAUCUAUUACAACUUAACGUCAAAAAGAAUUGACAAUAGAAUAAUGAUUACUGAUUAUGAUAAUGAUCUAAACUAUGUUCUUAACUCACAAAUCAAGGACAUCAUUAAACAAAAUAGUUUAAAAAAUAAAAUAAAAACUGGUAUAAAAGACUUUAAAUACAACGGGCCUAGUUCAAAAUCUGAAUUGGAAGCAUUUAGAAGACCCAGAGUUUAUAAUGAGUUUUAUACUCAAUAUAUAAUCAAUGAAAUAUUGCCUCUGUUGAAUACUAAGCAUGCCAAAUUUCUAUUUCUUUAUAAUUUAUUGCAAUCUUGUGUUGUAUCUAGUAGUUUCAAUCAAGUUUUAACGUGUUGGUAUUUAAACAUUCCUCAUAAUGAACAGAUUUUUGGUAACAAAGAUAAUUUAUCGUCAUAUAUUAGUCUAAUUCUAAAAUCCAUGGGAAAGGAAAUUGAAUAUUAUUGGAAUGAUUUGCUUAUAAGCAAUGAAUUUUUCAAACUAAUUAAAAAAAGAAACCAGAAAAGUAAUGGGGGUAAAGUUGAAAUAGCUAUUUACUAUAAAUUGAUCAAUUUUUCGAUUUCUGUUUUCCAGAAUUCAAUGAAAGUAGAUGAAAAGGGAGACUCUGAUAAAGCUGAUGUAUCAUUUAGAAGCAUAUUGUUUUACUUGACCAGUUAUUUUGAAGAUUAUUGUUAUAAUGAUGAAAAUCGUUCAAUUGAUUUAAAAAUCAAGUAUCUUAUUAAUAAACUACAUGCGUUUUUGUUAAAAAAUCGAAAUCUGGUAAUUUUUGUUGACAUUUUGAGAACUUUGGUUAGAGAUAAUCAAAGAGUUCAUGAAAAAAGUUUAGAUAAAAACAAAUUUCCAUCAUAUGAAUUGAGAUCAAUAUGUCUGAAUGAGAAAGCUGAUUUUGAUCUUUUAGAUAAAAUAAUAAUCAUUAAUGAAGAUAUUAUCGAUGAAUGA